AAAAUUGAGUGGCAGUCGGUUUUCCAAUUUUGUUGUCACUCUGCCUCGCUCAUUUUAAACCCAAACCUCCUCCACUAUGCUUAUAUCAAUCACAGCAACAAUCCAUGGCCGCCAUCGCUAGCACUUUGGUCACAACAUUCUUUAGCUCUAAAAGUAUUAACAGACCUCGUAAAAAUAUAUCAAUUCUAGCUAUGGCGGUGUCCCCUGCUGUGAUCGUUGGUGGUGGAAGAGUUGGUAGGGCUUUGCAAGAAAUGGGCAGCGGACAAGAUGUGCUUGUAAAGAGAGGGGAGGUUAUUCCACUCCAUUUUGAAGGUCCAAUUUUAGUUUGUACAAGAAAUGAUGAUCUUGAAGCUGUUCUUGAGGCCACUCCUAAGUCGAGAUGGAAAGAUUUGGUGUUUUUCCAGAAUGGAAUGCUGGAACCAUGGCUUGAAAGUAAAGGUCUUGGAGUUGCAGACCAAGUGCUGGCAUAUUUUGCCGUUGCAAAGCUUGGAGAACCUCCUAUUGAUGGAAAAACUGACACCAAUCCUGACGGACUGACUGCAGCUUAUGGAAAAUGGGCUUCUGCGUUGGCUGCAAGAUUACAUGCUGGCGGCCUAUCUUGUAAGGUCCUUGACAAGGAGGCCUUUCAAAAGCAAAUGUUAGAGAAGUUGGUAUGGAUUGCAGCAUUCAUGCUUGUUGGAGCUCGUCAUCCCGGGGCAACAGUUGGCAUUGUGGAGAAGGAAUACCGAUCUGAGGCAUCUAGCCUUAUUGCAGAACUUGCAUCAGCCGCAGCUGCAGAAAAGGGGAUAGUAUUUGAAGAGGGUAUUGAGGAAAGAUUAUGUGCGUAUGCAAGAGCCGUUGCCCAUUUCCCAACAGCUGUUAAAGAGUUCAAAUGGAGAAAUGGCUGGUUCUAUUCUCUUUCAGAGAAAGCCAUUGGUGAAGGCAAGCCUGAUCCUUGUCCCCUGCACACUGCCUGGCUUAAGGAGUUAAAGGUUAUAUAAGUGUUUCACUUUAUAAAUUGAAGAACACAUGUUUGUACCCCUAGUCAAAUACUGAAAGUCAUGGUUUCUAUUUUAUCAUCAAAGCGUUUGCUGCAGCAAAAUAGAAUCAAAAUAGCUCUCCAGAUCAUUUAUUUUACAUCUAUUUGAAAAUCUCACUCGUAUA